CAGAGCAUCAGACGUGCGCGUCUACCUGUAGAGUAAUCAUUAAUUACGCGAACACGUCUGUAGUUUGUAUAAGUUUGUAUAGUAGUUUUCGAAGAGGAAUACAUAUGUGAUCAUUCAUGUACAUGACCUGAUGUAUCGAUGAUUGACUUACGAAUGUUAAAGAAAAGAGGAAACAGUAGUUAUUAUCGCAGUAAUCUAAUAGAAGUAUAUACAGUUUGAAAGUCGAACGAUUUUCAUAUAAUGUUCUCGGCGAAGAGUAAUGUGAAAUCAACGUUACUUUGUGGGCCUGCGGAGUUCAGUAAAACUUUCAUGUUUGAGGUAGCAAUUUACUGGGCCGAAGAAGGACGCCGCGUCGUUUACAUUACACCGGCUCCGUUGGAAAGGCUGCCGGCUGGCUGUCACGACAGAAGUAAUCCAGCACCCGCGGCUUUCAAGCUGAUGAGAUUUAUGUACCUAGAAAACCACGAAGCUCUGAUGGAGCGACUUAAUGAACUGCACACCUUCCAUAUUUUGCCUUCCGUGCUCCUGUUCGAUGAUUUUGACGCGUACGUCAAUGAUCAUAAGGCGACCGGUGUGAUGCAUAGUGCGCACAUCGCCAGAACGUGUGCGGCGGUCCUCGACUCGAUUAACUCCUGCGCUCGAGUCCUAGACAUGGACGUGCACGUGUGUGCUUGGUCUUCUUCCGCGACGAAUGACAUAAGCACGUACACGAUUUACUUCUUCAAUAUCUGGAAUGUAAAGCAGGAAGAGGAAACCAACGAGAUAUUGUUAGAAAAAUGUGGGUUGGAAGCUUGCAGUAAAGAGUAUCCGUCUUAUAAAUUCUGCAAACUGAGGGACGAGACGAUAGUGUUAAAACAAAUUCUGUACCGUAUCUUUGAAGAACAAGAAAUAAAGGGAUAACAAACAAUUUAA